GUUGGUGCUUUGGGCGAGGCGCCUGCCUGAUGGCGCUCCCCAAUUGGCGGGAGAGGAGGCGUUAACUUGAGGGUGGAGAAACGACCCCUGAGCGACAGCACCCGCCGCUCCACCUAUAAUCUAUCCUCCCCCAAGACGAAACAAGGGCAGCUAAGAGACCUUCCGUUGCAUAAAGCCCGCUCGACCCGGAAACAAAACCUUUUAAAAACUCUCUUAGAGGCGGGAGGAAUUGACGCGUGCGGAAGAACGGGCAGCUUCAUCGUUGCUAAGCGACGAGGCAGCCUCACCUGAGCGCUCUCCGUACCUAGACCGAGAGGAGCUGCGUCCCCACGUCUGAGGCUCGUGAGGAUUUUUUUUUUAUCUCGGGGCCAGAACAAGGACAGAGAUUUCCUCUGCUGUCAGAUGUCUUUCUGCUUGACUGAACUCCACCUGUGGUCUCUGAAAAGCACCUUACACAUUGCGGAUAGAGACAUCGGCGUCUACCAGUACUAUGACAAGAAAGAUCCUCCAGUAUCAGCAACAGAGCAUGGUAACUUAGAAGGAAAGCAAAGGCUGGCAGAAUCACGAGAUUAUCCUUGGACACUCAAAAAUAGACGCCCAGAAAAACUUCGAGAUUCACUGAAAGAGUUGGAGGAACUGAUGCAAGACAGUCAGUGUGUGCUGAGCAAAUGGAAGAGCAAAAACAUCUGUCAGCUCCUCUUUGGUUCAGGUGUUCUGGUGUCCCUAAGCAUUUCUGGGCCUCAGCUGGAGAAAGUGGUGAUUGACAGGAGCCUGGUGGGGAAACUCGUCUCAGACACCAUCAGUGAUGCUCUCCUUACAGACAGUUUCAUCAUCUUAUCAUUUCUGGCACAAAACAAACUAUGUUUUAUUCAGUUUACAAAGAAGAUGGAUUCUCUUGAUGGAAACAAGAGGCUGGAAAAGCUUUCAGCCUUGGAUUAUAAGAUUUCCUAUUAUGACAUACCUGGCCCAGCUAACAGGACAGUAGAUCGUCACUUAGCUGUCAACUCCACUCAGGAUCUGGUUGUUUGCUGGUGGCCACUGGUCGUUGAUGAUGUUUGGCCUUGGACUCCAGUUUCUUCUGAGAAGGACAGAGCCAAUAUGCUGCUGCUGGGUUUUGCUCAAGGAGGACUCGAGGUUCUGAGUUCUGUUCGCACACAGUGGAGUCCUCUGGAUGUUCACUUUGGCACCAAGCAACCGUAUCAGGUGUUCACAGUGGAGUGCUCCAUCAGUGUAGACAAGGAGCCCAUGGCUGACAGCUGUAUUUAUGAAUCUGUCCGGAACAAACUUCACUGCGUGUCCAUUACCAGAAUACCACUAAGAUCGAAGGCCAUCAGCUGCUGCAAGAACUCUACAGAAGACAAACUGAUCAUGGGCUGUGAGGACUCUUCGGUAAUUCUCUAUGAAACUCACCGUGGAGUGACUCUCCUGGCCCAGGCUGAACUGAGGCCCUCAUUGAUAAGCUGCCACCCCAGUGGUGCCAUUGUGCUGGUGGGCAGCAACCAGGGGGAGCUGCAAGUUCUUGACAUUGCUCUGUCACCUAUCAAAAUCCAGCUCUUGGCAGAAGAUUGCUUACCGAAGGAGACUCUGCAAUUCAAUAAGUUCUUUGAUGUUUCAAGCAGUCUUGUUCAGAUGCAGUGGAUAGCUCCUCCUGUUGUUUUCCAGAAGUCUAAAAGAGGAGAAAUCUGUGAUCUCCUCUUCCUCCGGUUCAACAGAGGACCUUUGGGUGUACUGCUAUUUAAACUUGGAAUCCUCACGCGAGGACAGCUGGGCCUGGUGGACCUCAUCUUACAGUAUGUUCACUGCGAUGAGGUGUGCGAGGCGAUCGGCAUCCUGAGCAGCAUGAAUUGGGACACCCUGGGCCAGCAGUGCUUCCGCAGCCUGAGCACCAUCGUGAACCAUCUGCUGAGACAGAGGCUCACCCCAGAGAGAGAAGCACAGCUCGAGGCAAGCCUGGGAACCUUCUAUGCUCCAGCAAGACCCCUCCUGGAUACAACCAUUCUGGAGUACAGGGAGCCGCUCAGCAAGUACGCCAGGAGGCUCUUCCACCACCUGCUCAGGUACAAGAGAUUUGAAAAGGCCUUUCUUCUAGCUAUUGACAUUGGAGCUCGUGACCUGUUCAUGGAUAUUCAUUACCUUGCUCUGGAUAUGGGUGAACUGGCACUGGCUGAAGUGGCGAGAAGAAGGGCACAUGACAUUGAUGUUGAGUCAGUAUCCUCUGGAGUCGAACUCCUGGGGCCCUUGGACAGAAGAGACAUGCUGAAUGAAGGUUUUGCCAGCUCAGCUUUAACGCCUGAAGGAGAAAACACGUUUCCAGGCCUUCUUCCUUCCAUUGGUUCAACACACAAAUAUACUAUUCAACAGAAAAUACCAAAUGGCCCUUUGAGAAGACGGGUAAUUGAGAGAAGGACUGAGGAGGAGGAGGAGGAGGAGGAGGAGGAGGAGGAGGAGGAGGAGGAGGAGGACGUCUGCAGUGACUCUUCAGUGGCCUCUACCUGGAAUGCAGAAGGAGACCUGAAAGAAGAGCAGAGGAGACAGGACAUUGGAGAUGUUGGUUCUCUCAGAAUGGUUCACUUCGGUUUGGUGUAAAUCAUUAGAAAUGACAAAAAGAAAGCUGCCCUUUUCAUGACCUGGUCAAUAGAAGUCUUCACAUCUGGAUUUUAAUAGAAGGAAAAAUAGUAGUACAUGCAGCAUAGCAUACGUGGCCCUCAAUAAAAGUCCCUAAACAAUUGCUUUCAUAAUGUGUGUGCUUUUCAUAUUCUGGAACUAUACAUUCGGAGCAUCAGAGGUAGAAUAUUUAAACUUGUUCGCCCACAUCUUUUAAAUUUUUCCUCGCCUGGAGGCUGGAUGAUUCAGUAAUUAAGAGGACUUGUUCUUACAGAGAACCCAGGUUCAAUUCCUACCACCCACAUGGUGGCUCAUGACUAUCCAUAACUCCAGUUCCAGGGGAGCCAGUGCCCUCUUCUGACCUCCUCAAGCAUCAAGCACAGGCAUGUGGUAUGAGCAAAACAUGUAUACAUAUAUAAUAAAUCCUUACAAAUGUC